AACCUCUCGCCCAUUGCAGCCACCGGACAUCAUCGACCCGCUGGACUCUUAGCUGUCUAACGCUUUUGCGCAGUCCCGUCACCCAGGCGAUGCUAUGAGCACCCCACGCCCACUGGCAGGCCGCCUGGUGCCGCUCCGCACAAAGGACGAAGUGCGCGCCAGCCUCGAAAUCACCGACGUCUUCGUGGUCGAGGUGCCGGCCAAACACGCCAAUGUUAUCAAGGAUGCCGUGCAAGCAGCGUUGCCCAGCUUCAGGACGUCCGAGAUCUCGCACUUGCGCCGCGUCGUGCAGUUCAAGUUUCUGCCGCCGCAUCUGCAGAAGCAGUUCUAUCCGCCUAUGAGGCUCCCGAGAGUGCGAUAUUUUCUGCUGUGCCCCACGCACUACAUGUCGCGUGCCGACUUGGUGGGUGUCAUACGCACAUGUCCGCCCUUCGAAGGCAAGGCAGCGCUCCCGCGCAUCUUCAACGUGACAGUGCCGGCCCUGGCGCCCAUCUCUGGCGAACAGGCGACGGAAUGGAGCGACCGCUACUGGCCCAUCUCGUACAAGAACACCAAUCCCUACGGUCCGCAUCCCAGCCUUGUUCAGCGCAACCAGGACGAGAUCCAGGCCGAGGCCGGCAACUGGCUUGCCCUGGCGAAAAGCGCCGGCCAGCAGAUUUCGGAGGCCUGCCUGGGUGAAAGCAUUGGCGUUGUCGUUGUCGACUGUACUACGGGUAAGCCCGAGGUCAUUGCCGUUGCAGGCGACUGCCGCUGGCGAUCGGCCAGUGGCACCCCGGAGCCCCAGACGGGCACGGGCAAUGUCAUGGCUCACGCAGUCCCUCGCGUCAUCGCCAUGGUUGCAAAGAAGCGACUCCGCGUUGCCGGUACCGACCCCACGUAUCUCGACCGCCCUCUCUUCUGCGAUAACCCCCUCACUCCAAUCGAGCAGAGCUACUUUGACAAGGACAACAUCUCUUCCAGCGGCUAUCUCUGUGUGGACCUUGACAUCUACCUCACCAACGAGCCUUGCGUCAUGUGCUCCAUGGCCAUUCUGCACUCGAGGUUCCGCCGGUGCAUCUUCGCCAAGCGCAUGCCACACACUGGAGGUAUGACAUCGGAUGGCCCCGACCAUGUCAUGUCAACCGCCGGAGGACUGAGGAACGGCCUGUUCUGGCGCCCCAACGAGCUCAACUGGAAGUUUCUGGCCUGGGAAUUCAAGGAGGACAACAAGGCAGCCGAUGGCGCGACUGGUCUCAAGAAUACCCUGCACGCUUAGGAUGGGGCAUCUGCAUUAAAUUUCAUUGGAUAAGCAGCACUG